AUGGCAACAGAUAACAAGACUUGGGUGAGAGAGUUUAUUCUCUUGGGCCUGUCCAGUGAUCGGAACAUUCAAAUCUCUCUCUUUGUCCUGUGUUUGAUUAUGUACCUGGUAACAGUCCUGGGAAACUUCCUCAUUGUUCUUCUGAUAAGACUGGACAGCAGGCUCCACACCCCCAUGUAUUUCUUUCUUACCAAUCUCUCCCUUGUUGAUGUCUCUUAUGCCACGACUAUUGUUCCUCAGAUGUUGGUACAUUUUCUUGCAGCACAUAAAGCUAUUUCAUUUGUGAAUUGUGCUGCCCAGUUAUUUUUCUCCCUCUCUUUGGGUGGGAUUGAAUUUCUUCUACUCCCAGUGAUGGCUUAUGAUCGCUAUGUGGCUGUGUGUAACCCACUGAGGUACUCAGUCAUCAUGCAUGGGGGGCUGUGUACAAGAUUGGCCAUUAUCUCCUGGGUCAGUGGCUCUGCCAACUCUCUAAUGCAUACUGCUAUCACCUUUCAGUUGCCCAUGUGCACAAAUAAGUUCAUUGAUCACAUAUCCUGUGAAACCUUAGCUGUGAUUAGGCUGGCCUGUGUGGAUACUUCCUCCAAUGAGAUUGCAAUCCUGGUCUCUAGCAUCAUCCUUCUGAUGACACCUUUCUGCCUGGUCAUCCUGUCUUACAUCAAGAUUAUCUCUGCCAUCCUGAAGAUUCGGUCCACUGAGGGAAGGAAGAAAGCUUUCCAAACUUGUGCAUCUCACCUCACUGUGGUUGUCUUAUGCUAUGGCACAGCCAUGUUAACUUACAUUCAACCCAGAUCCAACCCCUCUGUGCUUCAGGAGAAGUUGAUUUCUCUCUUCUAUGCCAUUCUGACACCCAUGCUGAACCCCAUGAUAUACAGUCUAAGGAAUAAGGAAGUCAAAGGAGCCUGGCAAAAACUAUUAGCCCAGUUAUCUGGGCUAAACUCUAAAUUAGCAACUGGAUGA